AUGGCCACCUACAGCGUCGCCAACGAGCGGCUGCGGGUGUUGGAGGAGCUGGAGCGCGAGAUCGGCGCCUCGCUGCAAAGCGCGGGGAACGUGAUCCUGGAGCUGUCGAAGGAGAAGCCGAACGAGCGGCUGCUGGAGCGCCAGGCUGCCCAGUUCACCGCCUCGGUGCAGAAGGUGGAGUCAGAGCUGUCGGGCCAGAUCCGGUACCUCACCCAGGUGGCCACGGGGCAGCCCCACGAGGGCUCCAGCUACUCGGCCCGCAAGGGCUGCCAGAUGGCGCUGAACCGGGUCGACUACGCCCGCGUCAAGCUGGGAGAGCUGGCCCGCACCUGCGAGCACACACUGGAGCAAUAG